CAAGCUUUAGGCUAGGCGAGGUUAACCGUUAGUGUGCGCUGAAAGUUGGAACAACGACAUUUCCGACGUCAUUGAAGGCAGCAUUUUGCAUUGCGUGUGUAGGCAGUUACAAGUAUUGCGCUUUAGACACUCAGUUUUGUGGUAAGUCAGGCGUUAUCAUGCUUUUCAUUAGCCUCACUGUGAAAUAGCUGCUAGGUUAGUUAGCGAUGGUAAGAAAGAGGAGAUGACAAACAGCCACCACUUGGUGUCCAGAAAACAAGCAGUUGUAGGCAGAGGCAAACCCCGGAACUUGAAACGGUAGGAAACGAGCUAACAUUAGCUAGCUUUUUGUUGACAGUGUGCUUGCUGUCAAACCAGAAACCGACCCAAUUUAAAGUAACUGUAGUUAGCUUGCUAGCUACUUUCGGACUUGUAACGGUGACGUUCAUUUAGUAGCUUGCUAGACUUGUAAUUGGGCCGUAAAUUUGGUAUAGGUUUCCGUCACUUUUAACCACUUGUGGAUCUAGAAGAUGGCAUCAAGAGGAAGCUUCACAGGUCCUCCGAUGAAUCCGAAUGUGCACCCCUUAAAUGUUGGGCAUGCUGCGGGCAUGAGGAUUCCAGGCAUGCCUCAACAUCCGGCGGGAUACCCCCGCAGCAUGAACAACUCUCCCCAAUACCCCCAGAGUAUCAAGGUGUGGACACUACUUCCGGGUUUGAAAAGGCGCUCAGGGAUGCCACCCAACAGAGUGGGGGGCCCCUUGGUUUCAAUGGGGGGUCAGCUGCCUGGCCCUUCUUAUGGUGGUGGGAACAUGUCCAUGCGGCCAGGCAUGGGGCCUCCAAGCAUGGACGCCUCAAGGAAGCGGUUCCUUCAUCAGCAUCAACAGCAGCAGCAGCAAGAGGCACUGGGAGGCCUAAGACGAGGGGCAAAAAGACGCAAGAUGGCCGACAAGGUUCUUCCACAGAGGAUCCGAGACCUGGUCCCAGAGUCCCAGGCCUACAUGGAUCUCUUGGCCUUUGAGAGGAAACUGGAUCAGACCAUCGCCCGAAAGCGCAUGGAGAUUCAGGAAGCCAUCAAGAAGCCCAUUAUGCAAAAACGCAAGCUCAGGAUCUACAUUUCUAACACGUACACCCCCAGCAAGCCUGAGGGGGAGGAGGCAGAGAAGUUGUCCUCGUGGGAACUGAGAGUGGAGGGCAAACUUCUGGAGGAACCUGGCAAGCAGAAGAAGAAGUUCUCAUCUUUCUUCAAAAGUCUGGUGAUCGAGCUUGAUAAGGAGCUCUAUGGACCUGACAACCACUUAGUAGAGUGGCAUAGAAUGCCCACCACUCAGGAGACUGAUGGUUUCCAGGUCAAAAGGCCCGGGGACGUGAAUGUUAAAUGCACCCUUCUGCUGAUGCUCGACCACCAGCCCCCUCAGUACAAACUGGACCCACGGUUGGCUCGUCUGCUGGGUGUGCACACACAGACGCGGGCCAGCAUCAUGCAAGCUCUUUGGCUCUACAUCAAGAACAACAAGCUGCAGGAUAGUCAUGAGAAGGAGUACAUCAACUGCAACCGCUAUUUCAGACAGAUCUUCAGCUGUCCUCGCAUGAGGUUCUCUGAGAUUCCCAUGAAACUGGCGGGCCUGCUGCAGCACCCUGACCCCAUCAUUAUCAAUCACAUGAUUAGUGUGGACCCCACAGAUCAGAAGAAGACAGCGUGCUAUGACAUUGAUGUGGAAGUGGAUGAUCCACUGAAGGGCCAAAUGACCAGUUUCCUGUCCUCUACAACCAACCAACAGGAAAUUGCUGCGCUGGAGAUGAAGAUUCAUGAGACGAUUGAGUACAUCAACCAGCUGAAGACUGAGAGAGACUUUAUGCUGAGCUUCAGCAAUAAUCCACAGGACUUCAUCCAAGACUGGCUCAAGUCUCAAAGCAGAGAUCUGAAGUUGAUGACAGAUGUGACAGGAAACCCAGAGGAGGAGAGGAGGACUGAGUUCUACCAGGCACCCUGGGUACCAGAGGCAGUGGGCAGAUACGUUUACUCCAGAGUGCAGCAGAGGAGACAAGAGUUGGAGCAGGUGUUGGGUAUCCGACUCACCUAAAGACAUAUUCCAGAGGAGUCACAGCCAACUUACUCAUCAAAUGUUAAUGUCCACUCAAUUGAAAUUGGAAUUUGCUUGGAAAGAAAUAAGCUAAUGUUGCAGUUUAAAUGUUCACAAAGCCAUCGUCACUGACAUGGUAUGAUAAACCAGCUUUUAAGUGGGAUACAUAUGUUUUCUGUCCCAUAGAUAAUAAUUCUCAAAUCAACAAAGUAUAUGGGACCAAAGUGAUGAUUAACAUGUCCUUAAUAAUAUGUUUGCCUUGCAUUGUCUGUCAUUUUGAGCCUGUUCAAAUAAUCUUUGCCUUGUUUUGCAAUAUGUUUUGUUUAUGGUACAAUAUGCUUAAAACAUUUUAAGCUUUGGUGCUAUCUUGGUGUUUUUCACCAUGAUGUUGUGUGCUAUUUUGAAAAAGGGUAUCUGUUUACCUUCACAUUUAAAAGCCAUAACCUUUAUAAAAGAACAAUACCUGAUGUCGAGUAACAUCUCAAUAAAACAAGAAUUGGGAGGCAUAUAAUUUUUUUAAUUUUUUUUAAUUUUUCAAGUACAUUUAGAAAAUAUGGAUUAUAUUCUACAAAAACAUAGGAAUACUUAAGAUGUCAUAUGAUUUAGGAACUAAUAAGAAGCCUCUUAUGCCAACAAUAAUUUUACAAGGUUAGGUGCUGUGUUUUUUGUGUUGGUGGAUUUUUCAUUUGAAAUGAAACCUUUGCUGUGUAAGAAAGCAGGAUUUCCAGAAAAGCUCUACUUUGGCAAAAGAUUGAGCUCAUUAUUUGUACAAGGACAAGAGUUCACUGUGUCCAGCUGUAAGUCAGCAGCUUUUUUUGUACUUCUUGAAUGUUUACAUGCUGUUUUCAUUUGUUAUUGGAGUUUUCAUUGUUUUAAUACCAGGAAGAGGAACUGUGGUAGGCUCUUUGGAUUGAAGGGUUAUUCCUGUAAGAUCCAUACCUCCCAAGAAGGUUAACUGGUAUUAAUGAAAUAGGAAUGCAGUUGUAGUGUGUCAACUAAACAAUACACCAAAUGGUUGUGUACCGUUUAGUUUCAUGAGUUAACUUUCCAUUGAAAUCCUAUUUUGUUUGGGGAUCUCCUGAAUUUCUUUUAACAUUCCGUGUUAGCAGAAAGCGCUGUGCCAAAAUUUGUUUUGUGAAGAAGGCACUUGUAGGCACUGUACAAAUAUUUUUUGUACAGCCUCUUUGUAAAAUGUUUGCAUGUUGUGUAUCAAUCAAAGGCCUUUAUCUUUUAUACAUUUGGAGGAUUUUUUUUACAAUAAAUAUACUUACAAAUG